AUGAGGCGUGAGACAGCAAGAUGGCAGAAGCUCCUCUUUAUUCCUCAGGUCUGGGGUGUGUCCAGGGCAUGCAGGGAGGCACUCAGCCAGUCAGAGGAGAGCCGAGCCAGUCAUGAUUGCUGCGUGUCCACAAAGGAGAGCUCUGAAGAGGAGGUGGAGUGUGCAAGAGAAACCGAGCAGGAGGCACCUGAGGGCACCAGGAGAAUGCCGCGCUCUCAGAACACCAACAAGAUUGCCAUGAGUAGCCCAAGGGCCCAGCCAGAGUCUGGAAGCCAAGCAGAUGGUGACAGUGAGAGCGAGAUGGACCAAAGUGAAGAGCCCUGGGUGCUGCCUGAGAAAGUUGGGUGGAAGAGGAGCUGCAAGCAGGCUGUCAGAGAGCUGGAUGAGAUCGGGGACCACAUGGACGAUGAGGCGCGCACUCCUCCUGGAACCAAGACUCCCUCCUCUGUCUGCCCUCCCAACAAGAUAAGACAGCAGGCGGUGUGGCCCCCGCGGACCUUCCUGCGCACGGUGCAGAAGAACCAGAUGCUCAUGACGCCCACCUCAGCCGGCCGCACCAGCGUCAUAAAGUCGUUCAUCAAGCACAACACUCUGCACCACGUGGGUGCCAAGGUCAGCGUCGGGGCUGGGGGCAGCCAGGAGGGAGCCUUCUUUGCCUGGCGUGUGCCCAGAAGUUCCACAGGAUAGCUGAGCGUGCAGUUUGGGGGUGGCAGCCUUCCCAGGGAGCUGGGGGGUGCAGUGAUCCAAGCAGUGGCCGUAGAUGAGCCAGAGGUCUGGUGUGACUGUAGAGAGGAGGUGGCUUUGACCCUGG